UAUUUCUGUUCUCACAAUUUAAAGUAUGAAAUGUUUUUUUAAGGAAUUUUUAGGCAACAUUUUGAUAUGGAUGUAAUGUGAUUGCUAUACGUCUUCAUCUAGCACGCAAGUAGUCUUUUUCAGAGAAAGAAGGCUUUUUUAUUUCAAAGUAAGCUCUUACAAUGUACUCAUGUAGUCUGAUACUCGAUAUUUUCAAAUUCAUCCCAAGGAAAGAAGUAUGUCGUGGAUAUUCCGCAAUUUAAGAUUCGCACUUUUCGCUUCUGCCAUUGAGUUUGUCAAAGCUAAUGAUCUAUGUAGGACAGAAGUAAACAUACAAGGAAUGGCUCUCAAGCGCUCUGUAUUCAAAAGAUGGUCAAUGGGGGCUCCAAACCUUUGCGAUGCCAAAUGUGGACAGGAGAUCACGUGCCAAAGCUAUAACUACAAUCGAAAAUACCAGAUAUGUGAACUUAAUAACCGCACCAAGGAGGCAAGACCAGAAAAUUUCCUUCCGGCCCCCGGAUGGUUUUACAUUAGAAGACUAGAGGGAAGAGUUCCCUUAGGUUCUAUCUAUGAAUUGCCGGCGCUGUCCUGUCAAGAAAUAAAAGCAAGUGAAGGUAAACAUACUACAAACGGAAAGUAUUGGCUCAAUUCAACUAGGAAAGGGAAGGCAUUAGCGAUUUAUUGUGACAUGAUUAAUGAAGAUAUGGAUGAAUGUAAAUCUAACAUGAGUGACUGCGACGUGAAUGCAGACUGUACCAACACAUAUGGUUCUUAUAACUGCACAUGUAAAGUAGGAUACACCGGAGAUGGACACUUAUGUUCAGAUAUUGACGAGUGUAAAGGAAAUCAUUCUUGUCACGUGAAUGCUAGCUGCCAAAACACCAUUGGAUCAUAUGUAUGUGAAUGUCGCCCUGGAUAUUCUGGAAAUGGACAAAAAUGUACAGAUAUUGAUGAAUGCAGCAAUGGAAGCCAUGUUUGUGACGUGAAUGCGAACUGCACCAACACUGAGGGCUCUCACAAUUGCACCUGUAAGAAAGGGUAUAUUGGAAAUGGAAAACUGUGUCAAGAUGUCGAUGAAUGCAAAGGCGGCAAUAACCUCUGUGACGAGAUUGCAAAUUGCUCCAAUACUGUUGGGUCUUAUAGUUGCACCUACAAAGAUGGAUUUACUGGAGAUGGACAUUCAUGCUCAGAUAUCUAUGAGUGCAGCAAUGGAAGCCAUGUUUGUGAUAUGAAAGCCAACUGUACCAACACUAAGGGCUCUCGUAACUGCACCUGCAAGAAAGGGUUCAUUGGAGAUGGGCAAUCAUACCGAGGUAGAAAGGGAAAACAUUGUGGGCCUGUUGGUGUAGCAGACAAUAAUAUAACUCCAGAUGCCAGAAUGACAGCAAGCAGUAUUUUCACUUAUCAUCAUGCUUCAUACCUCGACCGAGUGAAUGAGACUAGGCGAUUUGGAAAGUGGUGUCCUAAGACUAAAUUAGAUAAAACCGACUACCUUCAAGUAGAUAUGGGUUCAGUGCUGUCUGUUUGUGCUGUGGCUAGUCAAGCAGAAGAAGAAACUUUAAUAUGGACUUCCAGCUACAAACUGUGCCUAUCCACAGACGGUUUGACUUGGAACUCUUACGAGGAGGCAAAUAAAACAAAG